AUGGCAGAGUGGCGUCAUGCAAGCUAUGGUUUCGUCCCAGACGAUGCAGUGGCCGGCGGACAUGAUGUCAACGGCGAAACUAUCUACGUUGGCCGUUGUCACAUGGAUGGUGAUUUGGUCCCAGGAAAGAUUGUUCCUAGUCACGGCGUGGUGUAUGUCCCCAUAAGUGGCGAAGAGAAAAACUCGAGUACCUACGAGUACCUUGUGCGUCCGAAUUAUGGCUCCCUCGAGUGGGUGCCCAGUGCUGACGGAGUUAUUCCAAGUGGUGCAGUUAAUGGAGGUCACACUUCCUCCCAGGAGCCCCUCUUCAUCGGUCGAGCUUACUACGAAGGCUCUUGGGUUAUCGGUAAAGUGCAUCAAACUCAUAGAGUUCUUUAUGUGCCCUUUGCCGGACGCGAGAGCGCUCUCAGCGAUUACGAAGUGUUGGUUAUUCGGUACUAA